GCGGCAGCGUCUCCCGGGCAACAGCAAUGGCGGCCCCCUUGUCCGAGCGGCUCUUCUCAUUGGAGCUGCUUGUAGACUGGGUGCGUCUGGAAGCCGGACUGUCGGUGCCGCCGCGGCCGACCGUAGUCGAGGCGGAGGAGGAGCUGGACCAGGAGGAGGGGGCAUCGCCGCCGCCUCCAUCGCGCUCCCUGUGCCCCGCCGUGGCCUUCCGCCUGCUGGACUUCCCCACGCUGCUGAUUUACCCUCACGGGGGCCCCGCCACGCCCGCCCCGGAGCCCCGGCCCGGCCUGCUCCGCUUCGGUCGCGGCAAGUCCUGCCUCUUCCGCCUUCCCCCCGCCACCCUGCGCCGCCGGCUCCUGGAGACUCCGCUUUACUCGUUGCUGCUUCAGCUGCCCCCGGGACGGCCCACUCCUGCCCCGCAGCUCCUGGGCACCUGCAGCAUCUCGCUGGCCGCUGCAGCCCGCGAGGUCCUGGGUCCAGUCGCCUCUGGCUGCUCCCACGGCCAUCGAGGAAAUUUCCCUCUGCAUAACCAUGUGGGGGAGCGCAUUGGGGACAUUUCGCUGACCUACCGCCUGACUGACCUGGGGAGCAGUUUGCUGGGCCAUCUGCGGCGGCCCAUCACUUACACAGAAGGCGGAGAAGAGGGUGCAGAGGCGUGGGAGGCAGCGGCGGUCUGGUCCCAAGCCCAGCAGGAAAAGCAGCUGCGGCAGCUAGACUCACACCCAAGCCCAAGAGAGACUGAUAGGACUCUGUGGAGUUUAAAUCCCCCAAAGGCCCAGAAGGAUUGGAAAGAAACAGUUUUCCACAGUAAGGCCAACUCUGAUAACAUGGGUCUUAUGGAGAAUGGCAAAACCAGCCCUGUUUGUUCAAAUGAGAGUGGUGUGGGGCGUGUGAGCUCCCCAGAUCAGGAAGUGUCCGAGUUGGACCUUGAAACGAACACAUUUUGCCCCCCUCCUCUGUAUUACACUCACAUGACCCAAGAAAAGAGGCUUCCUUUACAGGGUAAAAUCACCAUUAAGCCUCAAAUGCAUGUACCUGAGGAGCUGGAUGGUACUUUUCUGGAAGAAAAACUCAUAAAUCCCACAACACCUAUUAAUCUUCUAAAACAUACAUCUUCUGCAGCAGAACGUGAGAGUCCUGCAGUGCUUAGUCCUCCACAUGUUCAGGAUAUAGCAGCAAGUAAUCCAAAUACAUGUCACCCUGACACUGAGCCAGGUAGAAUUAACGCAAUAAGGCAGUUGCCCUUGUUAAACGCGUUGUUGGUUGAGUUGUCCUUGCUGUACAACCAACCUGUGGCAAGUCCUACUCAUAUACACCCUCACUUAGCCUGGUUAUACAGACCUGAGGAUAAGAAGUUGCCAGAACCUUCUGCCAAAUCCACAGGCAAAUCCGAAUCAAAGAAAGAUAAGCUUUCUGUGGGGGAAAAUGAGAAAUCACUGAGUCUGCCGUGUAAAAAGAACCAGGUCGAAAAUCUCAGGAAAGGUAAAUAUUUUGAAAAGAACAAUGAGGCCCCUGAAAAAAGAGGUCCAAGGGGGAAGCUAUUCUAUGGCUUAACAAAUACACUCAAACUCCGUUUAAAGCAGACAAAUCCUGGUAUGUUGGUGGUGCAUGAAAAGAGAGAACAGUAUAGAAAGAUGCAAACACAAAUGUUAGAUACAAAACUCAGAAUUCCAUUCUCCAAAGUUAAAAUAUCGAACUUUGCAGAACAGCACGAGAAGCCACGUCAACUGCCUAAAGAAAAGGGUUUAGAUUCAGAUACAUCUUUUGCUAAAAAUAGUGAUUCCUCAAAGCCAAUCAGUGGGGUUAUUGAUGACCCCAGCACAACUAAAGAAACUGAACUGAAAUGUGCAACUGAAAAGACAGUUAGCUGUAGAGACAACAGAACCAGCAAUGGUUCAUUGGAAAAAAUUGUGAGUCCUGCAGAUUCUAUUAUGCAAGAAAGAUUUGCUCAUCUAAAUAUUUUGGAAGAAAAAGUGGAAAUAGAUAAGAAGCAGGUCAAAACUACUGGUGAUGACACUCUCGCUGCAGAUGUGAGUGGCGGUAAGCCAAGGAAAAAUAGUUGCUCUGAAAGCAUCUCAGAACUAAAAUACUCAGAUGACUUCACCAGCCCUUGCUAUUCUGAAGAUUUUUAUACUUCUGAGGACACCAGCAGAAUUUUGCAGGCUCACGAUGGAAGUCCAGGGGCAGAAAACCCAACACGUAGUCAACAUACAAGCAAGUCUAGUGAAGCGAGAGUGUACAUAAGGAGAAACAGCAGUGAAAGGAGUUUUGUUCUCAGCCCGCCUUUUUCAGCUGGAUCGCCAGUGUACUCAUCGAAAAGAGCUCCUAUUUCAAAGCCUCGGGAUGAAAGUUUGGAAGAAGCAUCCACUGUCUCUACCGAUGACUUGUCUUCAUACUGGACUGAGGAGAAAGAAAACCAGGUAGACCGAGCUAGUAUGCAUCAUUCUAAAGUCAGGAAGAGGGGUCAAGACCUCUCUAUUAAACUUAAAACACCAACUGAUUGCACGUCUUUAGAGAAAAGCCAGUCAACUCGGACUUCUCAGGUGAGUUCCUACCUGCCAUCCAACCUGUCGGAACACAGUAAAUCGGACCACUGUGAAGAAGACAGCGAUGAGAUUGGCUCCCUAAGCAUUUCCAAGCAAUGCAAAGAUAUUUGUGAGCUAGUAAUAAACAAACUUCCAGGAUAUACAGUGUAAAACUGUUCUUUUAAACAUGGUUAACGUUUUACAACCCUUGUGUAUAGUUAGUGAAACAAUUUUUAAUAACUUUUUACAUUACUUUUAUUCCAUUAAAAAUGGGAACGGUGUUUUUGAUUUUUAGUGUUCCACAUUAAAUCAGCCGGUAUUGAUCAUGAAAUUACCUUCACCUAGGUGAGAUCUAAGUUGUUUAAUUGUGUAAAAAUAAAAGUGUCUCUCUUCCU